AGAGAGGGGCAUGUUAGAUUAUUUUGGGGAAGGGCUCAUGCCAGGAGGGUUCACUUUUACUAGGCGCCAAGUGUCCCCAGCAACCAGUGUCUCCUGUACCAGCAGAAGCUCCAGAACUCUCACCCCCUGGCCUGCCUCUGCCCCGUCUGUGCCCACGGAACAGCCAUGAGAAGGCAGCUCCGGUCCAGAAGGGCUCCGGCCUCUCCUUAUGCUUAUCGCUACAGACUUGAUGAUCAGGAUGAAGUGAACCAGAACUACUUAGCAGAUGAAGAGGAAGAAGCUGAAGAAGAGGCUCGGGUGAUGGUGGUACCCGAUUUGGAGGAGGAGGAGGAGGAAGAGGAGGAGGAGGAAGAGGAGGAGAUAGAAGAGAAGGAAAAGGAGGAGGAAAAGGGUCAAGGUCAGCCAGCAGGCAAUGCUUGGUGGCAGAGAUGGCAGAUCGUGAGCGAAUACCUGUGGGAUCCGGAGAAAAGGAUGUCUCUGGCCCGAACAGGUCAGAGUUGGAGCCUGAUCUUAGUCAUUUACUUCUUCUUCUAUGCCUCCCUGGCCGCUGUCAUCACCCUCUGCAUGUACACGCUAUUUCUGACCAUCAGUCCCUACAUGCCGACCUUCACUGAGAGGGUGAAGCCUCCUGGAGUUAUGAUUAGACCCUUCGCCCAUAGCCUUAACUUCAACUUCAACGUUUCUGAACCUGACACUUGGCAGCAUUAUGUCAUUAGCCUAAAUGGCUUUCUCCAGGGUUACAAUGACAGUCUUCAAGAGGAGAUGAAUGUAGAUUGUCCCCCGGGGCAGUACUUCAUCCAAGAUGGCGAUGAGGAUGAAGACAAGAAGGCCUGCCAAUUUAAGCGCUCCUUCCUGAAGAACUGCUCGGGCUUGGAGGACCCUACUUUUGGCUACUCUACUGGACAGCCGUGCAUCCUUCUAAAGAUGAACCGGAUUGUAGGCUUUCGUCCUGAGCUUGGGGAUCCUGUGAAGGUGUCCUGCAAAGUUCAGAGAGGCGAUGAAAAUGACAUCCGAUCCAUCAAUUACUACCCAGAGUCGGCUUCUUUUGACCUUCGCUACUACCCUUACUAUGGCAAACUGACUCACGUUAACUACACCUCCCCGCUGGUGGCAAUGCACUUUACAGAUGUGGUGAAGAACCAAGCGGUGCCCGUCCAGUGCCAGCUGAAGGGCAAGGGCAUCAUAAAUGAUGUCAUCAAUGAUCGUUUUGUGGGUAGGGUGAUCUUUACUCUGAACAUAGAAACCUAAGAACUUUGCGGGGCGCUCCCACUAGUUCUGUUUCUGUUUUAUUUCAUGUACCCCCUGGUAGUACCUGAAUUCCUUUUCUUCGCUCAGGACACAGCCAGAUGGACACCUAAGACAGCAGAUCAUCUUUCCUUGCCUUUGACAUAUGUAUAAAAUGACAUUGUGGGAUUGAUUUUUUAAAGGUAGUCUCUCCUGAUGACAAAUAGAUGAUGUUAAUUUCCUUUCCCCCUACUUAAAACUAAAACCCAUUCUUGCUGCUAGAAGUCUCACCACAGUGUAAACAUAGUAUCUGAUAAAAUUCACAAGAGUCAUGAAGGAGAAUAUCUAUGAUGAUUUUAAAUUCAUCGUGUUUUGUAAAAUUGUGUUGUUUUUAGAGGUGAGAUUCCUCCCAACCAGGCUGAUAACCUUUAAAAAAAAAAAAAUUUUUUUUUUUCUUAACCUGCCUGACAAGUUCCUUCCCUGGGAAUCACCAAUCAGACCGACUCAGAAUACACCUAGGGCUACCAUACCUAGAGAACUCUAUAUCCAAGGGUGCUUGAGGAACUGGCUGCCUCAAAAGGGCAACUAAAUAAUACUGAUUUGACGACUAGGUUAUCUUCAGCUGGGACAGAAAGCAGUGCUAACUGGAUAUCGUUCUGGAAUAGAAAUGAACACCUUUCCUAUGACUUUUUUGGGGAGGUGGGGUCCAUAGCAACUGGGGAGAAUACUUACCAUGUGGAUGUGAUUGGCAUUUGAUUCCUUGCUCUGUGGUGUGAUCAUCCAAAGGCAAACAUUCCUACACACGGGUUUGUCUCAGCUUCAGGCAAAGGAGAAAACAA